AUGUCCAAGAAGGGCACGGGCGGCCGAGGCAAGGGGGACAAAGCGGAGCUCCUCGCUGCUCUGCAGGCCGCCAACGAGGAGCUGCGGGCCAAGCUCACCGACAUCCAGAUCGAGCUGCAGCAGGAGAAGAGCAAGGUCAGCCGGGUGGAGAGGGAGAAGAACCAGGAGCUGAGGCAGGUGCGGGAGCACGAGCAGCACAAGAACGCCGUGCUGCUCACCGAGCUCAAGACGAAGCUGCACGAGGAGAAGAUGAAGGAGCUGCAGGCUGUGCGUGAAGCACUACUGCGGCAGCAUGAGGCCGAGCUGCUGAGGGUCAUCAAGAUCAAGGACAACGAGAACCAGCGGCUGCAGGCCCUGCUGCACGCCCUGCGGGACGGCGCCCCCGACAAGGCCAAGAUCGUGCUGUUGUCCGAGGCGAAGGAGGAGGCCAAGAAGGGGUUCGAGGCGGAGAAGAUAAAAAUGCAGCAGGAGAUCUCGGAGCUCAAGGGGGCCAAGAGGCAGGUGGAGGAGGCGCUGACCAUCGCGGUCCAGGCCGACAAGAUCAAGGCCGCGGAAAUCAGGAGCGUGUAUCACCUCCACCAGGAGGAGAUCUCCCGCAUCAAGAAGGAGUGCGAGCGGGAGAUCCGCAGGCUGAUGGAGGAGAUAAAAUUUAAAGACAGAGCAGUCUUCGUGCUGGAGAGAGAGUUAGGGGUUCAAGCCGGGCAUGCUCAGAGACUGCAGCUUCAAAAAGAGGCUCUAGAUGAGCAGCUGUCCCAGGUCAAAGAGGCUGAUCGGCACCUGGGCAGCCCCAGACGGGAACUUCCUUAUGCAGUCGGUGCAGGAGACGCCUCAGACCACUCGGGAAGCCCUGAACAGCAGUUGGAUGAAAAGGAUGCUCGGCGCUUCCAACUUAAAAUUGCAGAGCUGAGUGCGAUCAUUCGGAAGCUGGAGGACCGAAAUGCCUUGUUGUCGGAAGAAAGGAACGAGCUGUUAAAGCGCUUAAGGGAAGCUGAGAGUCAGUACAAGCCAUUGCUGGAUAAAAACAAACGCCUCACUCGGAAAAAUGAAGAUCUGUCCCAUACUUUACGUCGGAUGGAAAACAAGUUAAAAUUUGUCACGCAGGAGAACAUAGAAAUGAGACAGAGGGCCGGGAUCAUCAGGAGACCCAGCUCCUUAAACGACCUGGAUCAAAGUCAAGACGAAAGAGAAGUUGACUUCUUGAAACUUCAAAUUGUGGAGCAGCAGAACCUCAUAGACGAGCUUUCUAAGACCCUUGAAACCGCCGGCUACGUGAAGAGCGUGCUAGAGCGAGAUAAGCUUUUAAGAUUUCGGAAGCAAAGAAAGAAAAUGGCCAAACUCCCCAAGCCGGUUGUGGUGGAGACCUUCUUUGGAUAUGAUGAAGAGGCUUCCCUGGAAUCCGAUGGCUCCUCCAUCUCUUAUCAGACAGACAGGACGGACCAGACCCCGUGUACCCCCGACGAUGACCUGGAGGAGGGCGUGGCCAAGGAGGAGACGGAGCUGAGGUUCCGGCAGCUGACCAUGGAGUACCAGGCUCUGCAGCGAGCCUACGCCUUGCUGCAGGAGCAGGUCGGAGGGACGCUGGAUGCAGAGCGAGAAGUUAAGACCCGUGAGCAGCUCCAAGCAGAGGUGCAGAGGGCCCAGACGCGGAUAGAGGACCUGGAGCAGACCCUGGCCGAGCAGGGGCAGGACAUGAAGUGGAUUGAAGAGAAGCAAGCGCUAUAUCGAAGGAACCAAGAGCUUGUGGAGAAGAUUAAACAAAUGGAAAUAGAAGAGGGUCGGUUAAAACACGAGGUCCAGGAUGCGAGGGACCAAAACGAGCUGCUGGAGUUCCGGAUCCUGGAACUCGAGGAGAGGGAGAGGAAGUCUCCGGCCAUCAACUUCCACCACACCCCCUUCGCAGACGGGAAGAGCCCCCUCCAGGCCUACUGCGAAGCUGAAGGCGUGACGGACAUCCUGGUCACGGAGCUGAUGAAGCAGCUGGACAUCCUGGGGGAUAACGCCGUAAGUAAUCUGACCAAUGAGGAGCAGGUGGUCGUCAUACAAGCUAGGACAGUCCUGACCUUGGCUGAAAAGUGGCUCCAGCAGAUUGAAGAAACAGAGUCGGCCCUGCAUCGGAGGAUGGUUGACCUAGAAAGUGAGAAGGAGCUGUUCAGUAAGCAGAAGGGCUACCUGGAUGAGGAGCUGGAUUACAGGAAGCAGUCCUUGGACCAGGCUCACAAGCACAUCCUGGAGCUGGAGGCCAUGCUGUACGACGCCCUGCAGCAGGAGGCCGGGGCCAAAGUGGCCGAGAUCCUGUCGGAGGAGGAGCGUGAGAAGCUCAAGGUGGCCGUGGAGCAGUGGAAGCGCCAGGUCAUGAGCGAGCUGCGGGAACGGGAUGCCCAGAUCCUACGGGAGCGCAUGGAGCUGCUGCAGCUGGCACAGCAGAGAAUUAAAGAGUUAGAAGAAAGAAUAGAAGGUCAGAAGAGGCAAAUAAAGGAACUGGAGGAAAAGUUUCUAUUUUUGUUCUUAUUUUUCUCCUUAGCGUUCAUUCUGUGGUCAUAG